AUGCCCGCCAAAAAAGUCCUCAUAAUCCUCAGCGACGCCGACUCCUUCCCCCUAAAGAAAACCAGCGGCCAAGAUGCCGGCAAAACCGUCGACCAACCCUCCGGCUUCUUCCUCAUGGAACUCGCCAAACCACUCCAGAAACUCCUCGACGCCGGGUACGAAGUCACCUUCGCCUCUCCCAAAGGCCAAGAGCCCACUCCCGAUCCCAACAGCGAAUCUCUCCUCGCCUUCGCAGGCAACUUCUACGAACGCCGCCGCGAGAACGAGCUCAUCGAUCGCAUGAAGCGGGAGAACGGAUUCAGUCACCCGCGGACAUUCAGCUCCAUCAGUGAUGACGAGUUGGAGUCAUUUGCCGGCGUAUUUAUCCCCGGUGGACAUGCGCCGUUGAGAGAUCUCGGUGCGGAUAAGGAUCUCGGGCGCAUUUUGAGGUAUUUUCAUGCGAAGAGUCGGCCGACGGCUGCGAUUUGUCAUGGGCCGUUUGCAUUUUUGAGUACGAAGUUUGCGGGGGAUGGGGAGUUUGCCUAUAAGGGGUAUAAGAUUACUUCUUGGAGUGAUGCUGAGGAGAGGAUGAUGGAGAUGAUGAUGGGUGGGGAGAUUGAGAAGGUGGAGUCGGUUCUGAGGAAUGAAGGCGCGGUUAUGAUUGAAGGGGCGAAGGAGAAGAUUGGCAGCAUCACUGUUGAUCGUGAGCUGGUUACGGGCGCGAAUCCUACUGCUGCUAAUGCUUUGGGGGAUCAGUUUUUGCAGAUGUUGAGUGUACAUUGA